AUAAAAACCACGAAAGGACGAGGAACAGCUGAAGUUAGAAAGUGGAACCUGCAGAGCCGAGUGGAGCUGCUCCAGCUGCAUCUGCAGCGCCGCCCGGCGGCCAGAGGAGCACACUGCGCACCUGAGCGCACCUGGACUCCUUUAACACCUUGUUCCUCUUUUAGGAAUUUCCAAUUUUAAUGAAAUUGCAUUUACACACAUUUGCACACUUUUAAUUUUACUCUCAUUCAUAGUCUACUUUUAAUUAUUUGCCACAGUGUUCACAUGUAGGCUGCGUUCAUUUAGCUUUGGCGACAACUCCUCCCGUUGUAUUUAAUGCCAAUAAAGCUCUUUUGAAUUGAACAGACGGAUAGAUGUUAUUGUUAUUAUCUCCAUUGAUCCGCGCCACUUUGGUGCAGAGGGGUGCGCAGUCGCGGCGUGAUGACGUCACGUUACCGUAGAAACAGAAGAGCGUCGGCUUGCUCGGCUGCUAACAGCUAGCAUAAGUGUACCAACGCUAGCUAGAAAACGUUAUUUUUUUACAGCUACGUAGCGUUUUUAAAUCCACUUUUAAACGCCAGUGCGUCAGUGUGAAGGUUGUGUAACCGGUUAAGGUCGCUUUUUCUUUCGGUUAACCGAAUUAUUAAUAGUUAGCUUCAGCUAAAACGACAAACAAGGCUAGCUGCGAGCGCACAAGCUGCCGAUGUUGCUAACAGGUGUUACACCGAAAUCUGCGACCCGUCAAACUCUGUGACACGAGAGAAAAAGUAUCGAGCAGAUAUUGGCAGUGAGGAUGGAGCCGGUGGAGGUGGAGGAGGAGGAGGAGGCUGUGGUGUUGGAGCUGAAGAGGCAGCUGGAGGAUGAAGACCUGAACCUGGAGCAGAAAGUCAGCCUGCUGAACAACGGCUUAAACAAGGCUCUGAACAUGGCGGCGGUGCAGACUGACAGCAGUGUGUUGGCUCGUGUGAAGUCUCGCUUUUAUCUGAGCGGCGUCCUGAGUCACUGCGUCCUCGUGCUCUCUCUGGAUCCCAGGAGGCUGCGGGGCCACUGGAGCGCCGCCGCCACGCUCGCCCAGCUCGCCAGUUCCUGUUGUGUGGGGGUGGAGCCCGGUAAACAUUCACAGGCCUUUCAUAGGCUGUUCCUGCCGUCAGUCAUGGACGGCCUCCUGUCAUUGGCCAGUCAGCUGAUGAGGCGGGCAGAGUGUGUGUCUCCCUUCAGGAAGGUGAUGGCCUCGGCCGGCUGGCUGCUCAGAGCUCACCCUCAGCUCACCACACAGGUCCUCAGCUCUGUCCACUACGAGCAGAUCCAGAUGUGUGAUGAUGUCGCUGUGUCUCUGCUCUGUGUCCAGCUGUGGAUUCAAACCUGCGCAGCCAGCAGGGACUUCCUGUCUGGGCUGAGCGACGACUCCGUCCUCUUGCUGCUCAACGAGGCCGUCGGCCAAUUAGCCGUCAGCUCUGACCCUGCGGUGGGCGGGGCCUCCGUCAGACUGAUCCUCGUCAUGGCCAAUCAGCAGGAGCUCCGGGUCCAGCCCCUCCUCCUCAGCUUCAGAGGCCUGGACAGCCUAUUGGACAAAGACUGGAGGGGGCGGGGCUUUGACCAGGACGUGGAUCAGCUGAUCGCACUCAUCCACUCUGACAGAGGGACAGGGACUCACUCCCAGGCGUGUUCUGAGCAUGUGCGGGCGGCGUGUGUGAUCCAGGCGGCCUGGAGGUCGUACCAGACCAGACGCAGGGUGAAGGGCCUCAGCAGAGCUGUCAGCACGCUGCAGAGGAGAUACAGGGCUCGGAGGAGACAGCAGCAGCAGCAGAGGGAGGCGCAGCAGUGGGAAGAGGAGUUGAAGUAUCAGGUGUGUGUGAGGCGUCAGCAGGCGAGGAGGGAGUUCCACCAGAAACAGAGAAAACUGCUGCAGCUACUGCCUCUGGACCAGGUGCAGUCGUACCUGCAGGAGUGCGAGCGGCGUGCGGCCGUGGUGAUCCAGAGCUUCUGGAGAGGCUUCAGAGAGAGACGCCGCUACAGCAACACACACCGACACACGCUGAAACACGCACGCACGCAGCAGCAGGCCGCCAAGACGCUGAGAGCGGUGCGUCGCUUUCUGCAGAGACGGCGAGCAGCGAAGGCCCCGCCCAUCGCACACUUCUGGAUUGGUCAGAGCGGUUUGACGGACAGCCGGAGGGUGGAGCUAAAGAGACAGGUGGAGGACUACAUCUCUCUACAUCCUUCGUCCCGUGUGUCUCGUCAGGAGUGCGAGCGUCUCCACGAGGAGGUGCAGCUGCUGCUGCUGUCGGAGCUGCAGAGAGGAGAUCAGCGGAGGAGGGAGGAGCAGAGGGUGGAGGCCCUGCUGGCUCACACACACACACAGCUGGAGCUGCUCAGAGAUGCCCCGCCCCUCUCUGUCGUCACGGAGACAGACGCCGAGUCCUUCCUGACGCCCUCGGGUCCCAUCGCCGCUCGUGCCCGCGACGCCCACAAUGCGGUGCUGCAGGCGGGCAGGCUGCCCUGGUGGAGGACGCUGGGAGAGACGGCGGCUGUCGACGCGCUUAGCCCCUCCCACCCGCAGGAGCUGGAGGCGGAGCUUGGAGGACUGUUCGUAGGGGGGUCGGCGGGGGCCGGCAAACCCACUGAGGACAGUUAAACCUUUAACCUGGAGGCUGUUUUAAACUGAUCUGAGUUCAGUUUGGUGGCGUUUUUCUGCAACUUUAAUAAAAAUGAAAUAUAAUCAGGAAGAA